UAAUAUUACAUGGAUACUCGAAAGGCUAAAUAUUGGGGAACUUGGUAUCAAGGUUAUGAAGGAACUUGGUAUGGAGAAGAUGAAAAGGACUCGAUUGCUUUGAAGCACCAACUUGAUCUGUGGUUACAAAAAGCAAAAGAAAAUGUGGGAAACUUGGAGCAAUAUAGCAAUGGCUUAUUAAAGGCUGUCAUUGUUCCGCACGCAGGAUAUUCCUAUUCUGGAGCAACUGCAGCACACUCCUAUGCUCGUAUAGAUCCUUCUCUUUAUGAUAGAGUCUUUAUAUUAGGUCCUUCUCACUAUUAUCGAAUGUCCGACUGUCGAGUGACUCCUUUUGAGCGAUUGGAAACACCUUUUGGACCCUUAGUCAUCGACGUUCAGUGUUGUGAGUCUUUAGUUGCCACUAAAAAGUUUACUUUUUUGGAUAAAGGCGUGGAUACUCAAGAACAUAGUUUGGAGUUGCAGUUUCCUUUUUUAAAGGCAGUUUUUGGUUCUUCCAACGUUCAGUUGGUGAAUAUUAUGGUGGGUGUAUUGGAUAAGGCUGCUAAAGAAGAAUAUGGAAAACUAUUAGCUCCUUAUAUGAAAGACCCUCGAACCCUGUUUGUUAUUUCUUCCGAUUUUUGUCAUUGGGGUAAACGGUUUGGUUAUCAAUAUCAUGAUGAAGAAGAUGGUGAGAUAUUCAAGUCCAUUGAGAAAUUGGAUCGUCUUGGAAUGACUGCUAUCGAACAUCAAAGUGCUAAAGAAUUUUCCAGUUAUUUGGAUAAGUAUCAAAAUACUAUUUGUGGUCGCAAUCCAAUUGGUGUGUUGUUACAUAUGAUUGAAUAUUUGAAGAGAACAGAGUCUAUGCAAUUGGAAACUUUGUUUGUUCGAUAUGACCAAUCGAUGAAAUGCAAAACGAUGCAAGACUUAUCCGUAAGUUACGCUGCUGCAUGGACUAUUCAAGAAAAGUGAGCCAAAUAAAAUAAAAAUUCGUGAAUGAAU